CUUCCUUGUAAGCUGCUGGGUGGAGACUCGGAGUUGUAAAACCUUUUCACCGGCUCACUUCCCGGUUUGCACGCACGAGGAAAUCAGGAGAAAUCAGGAGGCAGCAAGGCCGCGUUGACCCAGAAUUCAACCUCUUCACAGCACAAGAAUGCUUUACACGGAUUUACUGCAGCUUUGGAACGAGUCGGUUCAGGCAAUGGAUAAGAAGGACUGGCAAGGAGGUCUGGCAAAACUGGACCAGAUCACUGAACCAACAUCUGGUACACUUUUCAAUGCGGCUUCAGCACACAUCUGUUUGGGACAGCUGGAUUCUGCCCUCAAGGCAUUAGAUCUGGCAAUUGCCAGGGAUCCACGGCUCUCUGUUGCGUUCUUCCAGAGAGCAGCCGUAAUGAUUCAGCUUAACAGGUUGGAUCAGGCUCUAUCUGACUGCGUCUGGGCACAGAAACACCUGAGAGGAAACAACGUGAUUGACUACAGGCAACUUGGGCUGCGCUACAAGCUGUACAGCUGGCAGGUGUUACAUAAUGCAGCCACUGCGUACUGUCGAAUGGGUCAGUGGGAGCAAGCCAGAGAUGUUCUGUUGUCGGAAAAUAAUGGCGGGAAUCUAGAGAUGGCUUUGGACGCAAUCCUGAGAAAUGAAGUCCUUGCACCUCUCCUGGUACCUGAGGGUAUAUUAUUCCGGCCCAGGAAGAAGGACCUGGACCAGCUCCAGCAGAGAGACUUCCUCGGGAAAGCCAAAGUGAUUUCCUCCAUGAUACCCAAUGAUGAUUUUGGGGGGUUUGAACCUCUGAGGGUGCAGAAACCUGGUUUCUACCAGCCUAAGGUGGAUGGGGCUCAGGAUUCUCGCUACAUGUGUAUAAGUGCCCCUUAUAUGGCUCGGGGUCCAGGACAGUUGACUGUGCCAGGAGGUGCCAAAGUCUUUUUAUUUGAGGAAGAGGACAAGCAUGGGAUGGCAACUGUCAUAUAUGAUGGACAGAGAGGAAUUGUGCCGGCAUCCCUGCUCAAGCCUGCAGAUAUACAGAUGACCAAAAGCAAAAGUGAUCAUACACUUCCGACUGGAAUCCCCCUCCCUCCGGGACUGAAGCCACCCACUCGUCCACGUUCUCGGCCCAGUUCUGCAGUCCCUACUUGGGAACAACUGACCUCGGACACGCCGCCACCGUCCUACACCACCGCCACCCAUGUUCAACAGCUGGCCGCAGCACCUUCCGUUGCAGCACCCAAUGCAACCAGCAAGCCAGUAGCAUCCUUACCUGAAAAGAAUGUCAACAUGGUCCAGGAAACAGAAGCGGAGUCCGUCAUGGUGAAGGUUCAUUACAUAUACACCAUGGCGCUGGAGAUGCCAAGCAAUAUUUCAUACCAUGAACUGAAGGAAGAAAUUGCCCAGAAGUUGGAGCAACCAGCAUCUUCUCUACGCCUCAGAUAUCGGAAGCACGGCUCCCGCUUGCUGGUCCCUCUUGAUUGGGAAUUAGAGACAGGCAGGUCCCUGCAGGAGGUUUCCGAGGCUGGAAGAGCGACUCUGUGGUGCCAGGCAGAAAAUCCCCUGCUUAACCACACCAUCCUCUACCAAAUGGUGGCCCUGUAUGAUUAUUCUGCUCAAGGUCCGGAGGAUUUGGAGUUCAGUGAAGGCGACACCAUUGACAUUCUGGGUGCAGUUAAUGAAGAGUGGCUGGAAGGACACUGUGCAGGAAAAAUCGGGAUCUUCCCGAGCAACUUUGCCACGAGGGAGAAUGAGAACUUUACACAAAGAUCUGACUUUUGAAUGUUUUACACCCGGGGUCUCAAACACGCGGCCCGCGGGCCAAAUGUGGCCCGCAGGACACUAGUUUGAGGCCCCCGCCUUGAUAUGAAAGUUUAAUGUUUAAGUUUGAUAUGGAUGCUGUAUGGUAUCAUGUACCCAGAAAAAAUUAUUAUGUUCAUGUUAAAGGUUCAAUAACUGUUAAUAGUUAUCCUCCCUAUCCGUGUGGAAGUGGUAAGUUUUUGGCUAUUUAAGUUGAAAGGAAAUAACUUGAAGGCUACCUGUUUAGGUCGCUAGCUCUCUAGUUUGCGAGUUAGCAUGUGUCUCAAGACCCUGCAGUUGCGCAAUAUGUUGUAAAUAAAAAGAGUAUAAAUGUGA